GUGACCGUUAGCGGUGUGCAUUGUGGGUAGCUCGACUUGUAGUUUCUGAUGGAUCAGUCAGAUUGUAGUGCCGACCGAGUAAGUUUGAGGUUACCGGUAGUCAUUUUACAAUCUGAGUAUGUCACAUCGGGUUAAAGGGCUUCAGCGAACAUACGAAGGGUAAUCAAGAAGAUACAAAGGCGAUCUCGGAUUAAACCAUUACGUUUCAUACUUUUUGAACUUACAUCAAAUCACGUGCAAUGACUUCGAACGAGCACUCGCUUCAAGCUUUGUCCUGGAGAAAACUUUACUUGAGUCGAGCUAAACUUAAAGCGACAAGCAGAACCUCUGCUCUGCUCUCCGGCUUUGCUAUGGUGGCGAUGGUGGAGGUCCAGCUGGAGAAUGAUCACGAUUACCCUCCUGGCUUACUGAUUGCUUUCAGUGUCUGCACAACAGUUCUGGUGGCCGUCCAUCUCUUUGCCUUGAUGAUCAGCACAUGUAUCCUGCCCAACCUGGAGGCCGUGAGCAACGUCCACAACCUCAACUCCAUAAAGGAAUCUCCACACGAGCGCAUGCACCGCCACAUCGAGCUGGCCUGGGCCUUCUCCACCGUCAUCGGCACCCUCCUCUUUCUUGCAGAAGUGGUUCUCCUGUGCUGGGUGAAGUUCCUCCCUCUGAAGAAUAAUUCUGCCUCGAAAGCGAAUGGAACUGAAUCUCAAGGGAUAAGCCCGGGGGAAGCUGCAGCGAUCGCCUCUACCUCCAUCAUGGUGCCCUUUGGCUUGGUGUUCAUUGUUUUCGCUGUGCAUUUCUACCGUUCGCUGGUCAGCCACAAAACAGAGCGGCAGCACCAGGAGUUGGAGGUUCUGGCCAAAAUCACACAGAUGCAAAACCAACUGGAUCACAGGGGAGAUGGGUCCAACCUGUCCUCUUCAGCACACUUUGCCUAGUGGACGCACUUAGAUGAGGCCUUAUUCUCAGACCAAACAACAUAUGGACUGUUGUCCUGAAUAGACACUAGAGGAUGGGAAUCAGGGAUCUAAUCCUCUGUUUGUUUGCACACACAUAAGAGAAAAAAAUGCAGUUGAAAUGGUUUCUCAAAUAAGAAAAAAUGUGGGAUGAGACUUUGGGAAUUGAUUGGAUGGUUGUCUCAAGUGAGUGACAGGUUGCCCCACGCUUGCCCCAGUAAACACAUCAUCAAAAAAAGAGAUAGAGUGUUGUUUUUAAGAGGGAGGGGAAGAUAUUUUGAGGAACGAUUAUGAGGCGAGGGCACAUGAAUUUUAGAAAAAUAACAAUUAAAAAUAUUUUAUAAUAAAUGCUGCAGUAUUCCAUCAAAAAUUGAGAUUUGAUAUAAAAUAAGGAUUUAAAGGAAAAAAUAUGAAUGAUUGGCAUCAGUGAAUUUAUUCAGUUUAAGGUUAAAAUAACAUUAAAGCAUAACAUUAAUGUUAAAAUUAAAAUAACAUUAAAAAAUAAACAGUUUUGAUCCCCUCCCUUCUCUGCUGCUGUCUUGCUCAAGUUUUAAUUUUGAUUUCAGCAUUUUGGAUGUUUCCAGCUUAGAAAAUGUUUAUAGCUGCAGGAUUCAGAGGCAAAAUAAUAAAGAUUUUACAUCUUAAUUUAGUAGUUGAUUGAAUAUUGACACCAACAUGCUUGCAGGAGCUGUUUGGUUGUUCUAGUUCAGUAUCUACAUGUACUGUUAGGCCAAAUUAUUACACCCAAAAUGCAUAGUUAGAAUGAUUUUCACUAU